AUGGUGGUGAGUAUCUACAAAUUAUUUGCAGCCCUUUGUCUCAUCGAUUUCUGCACCAACGUUUUCGCAGCACCCACAUGCAAGAAACUUACUGAAGAAGAGCGGAAGGAGCUGUUAAAUCCUUUGUUGACAGCAGGAUGGAAAAUGGUCGAUGGACGUGAUGCUAUGAAGAAGUCUUUCCAGUUCAAAGACUUCAACGAGGCAUUCGGUUUCAUGAGUCGAGUAGCUUUGAAAGCUGAAAAAAUGGAUCAUCAUCCAGAAUGGUUCAAUGUGUACAAUAAGGUGGACAUCACGCUGAGUACACACGACUGUGGUGGUCUGUCGCAAAAUGACAUCACAUUGGCAAAAUUCAUCGAAUCGGUCAAAAACUGA